AUAGGCGGCGACCUCGACUUCUCCAAGCUGGGCGGUGGGGGUCUAGGCGGCGCCGGUGAUGACGACGAGGGGGAGGAUUCGGACGACGACAUGCCGCCCCUCGAGGGCGAGGAAGAGGAGCAGAAGGAGGAGAAGGCUGAGGAUGCUAAGGACGCCAAGGAGGUUGUCAUGUCGUGA